AUGACGUCGAUGCGAUUUCCCCACCACACGAGACGGGGAUUUCUUGACGACUUCCGCACUCCACAGACCACUCUAUACCACAACAACACACCGUUGUACAGUCAACUAAUACUUCUCCAAUUCAACCCACCCAAAACGAGAAUCACAACAAUGCCCUGGUCCCAAACCCAAUUCACGCUCCCACCGCGCUCCCGGGGCUCCUACCUGAUAACCGACCACAUCGUGUCCUCGGUCCCGCAGAUCCGCGACUACAAGGUCGGGAUGCUGAACCUGUUCAUCCAGCACACGUCGUGCGCGCUGUCGCUGAACGAGAACUGGGACGAGGACGUCCGUGAGGAUAUGAGUGAUGCGCUGGAUCGCAUUGCGCCCGUCGACAAGAAGGGGAAUCUCUAUCGGCAUUCGGCGGAGGGGGAGGAUGAUAUGCCUGCUCAUAUCAAGAGUGCGCUCAUCGGUGCGUCGGUGAAUAUCCCCAUUACGAAUGGUAAACUGGCGACGGGGACGUGGCAGGGGAUCUGGUAUUUGGAGUUCCGCGCCAGUCGGCACACGAGGAAGGUUGUUGCUACUAUUCAGGGCGAGAAGGCUUGA